AUGCUUGUAAAGUGCUCGAUCAGAGCAGCGCGCAACUUGAAAGACGCUUCGAAGAUACCCUCCUUGAGAUGUAGUGCACGCUACAAUUCCACUGUUCCCGAGAGGACACGGAAGUUUCUCAAUGCUCGAGAAUCCUUCCGGUCAAAACCUCUGUUCCGCCAGAUCGUUCUUGGAACUUGCUUUGGUACCGCUGUCCUUAUAGGUUGGCAGAUAUACAGCUUCAGCCGUAAAGGCGACUACUUCGUCUCGUACUCGCUCGUCGCAAAACAACCAGUCUCUUCGACCGCCAGCAUAUUUCACCUCCAACCAAGACAAGAUUCGGCGAACUUCGAACUCUACAAAGACGCUUGGAGACGAGGAAUUUGGAAUGUCCAUUUCAAACAGCCGCAAUUGCAGAUUGUGAGGGCAUACACGCCUCUACCACCGAUUGAUGAGAGUGCUGGUGAAGAGGAGGAGACGUUGAGAUUCCUGAUCCGCAACGAUCCUCACGGCGAGGUUUCAAGUUAUCUACAUAAGCUACCCAUCGGAGUUGAGAUCGCGAUGAGGGGGCCCAAUUGGGAAUAUGAAUUGACGCCGGAGGUGCGACAAGUGGUGUUCUUUGCAGGUGGCACUGGUAUCGCGCCCGCCCUGCAGAUUGCGCAUGCGCUCUUGGAGGGCAACAAGACAGAAGGAGACGACAAUUCACGGGACAGAAAACUACACAUCCUGUGGGCAAACAGAAUGCGAGAGGACUGCUUGGGUGGUGUUAGCGAUGCUCCGCCCGCUGAAUCUGUUCCUCCCAAACCAACUUGGUCUGGGUUAUUCUCCAAAUCCAAGCCAAAGCCAACACCUCCGGUAUCGCAAGAAAAGGGCUUGAUUGUGCAGGAACUGGAGGCACUCAAGAAGAAAUAUCCUGGUCAAGUCACCGUUGAAUAUUUCGUCAACGCAGAAGAUACUUGGAUCGAUGAUGAUGCUGUUUUCCGAGCCUUAUCCCGAUUCGAUGACAAGGACUUCACGACUGGAUAUGCCACACCGCAAGAACAGCGUCAGAUCCUCAUCUCUGGUCCUCCAGGUUUCAUCUCUUACCUUGCUGGACCAAAGGAGUGGAAGAAUGGAAGGGAAGAGCAAGGCGCCGUCAGCAAGAUUGUUGCGCAUGCCAUCUCGAGAAAUCCGCACAAUGUCAAGGUGUGGAAGAUAUGA